AUGAAGAAACUGAAGCAAGGCACAUCUAAUUUCACAAUCGUGAAAGACCGAGUAUUGUUUUUACAGUCCAUAAGCGGAAUGUGGAUUGACCUGACAGAUGAUUUUGGAUGUUCUCCAUUACAUCAUGCUGUUCAAGAUGGUUGUAUUCCUUUAGUGGAAAGUCUGCCUUUGGCUCGUGCUUGUGUCAAUAUGUCCGAAAGGUUUAGAGUUACCCCCAUCAUGAUUGCAAUAAACAAUAACAAACCAGAAUUAGUGACAAUUUUAAUCAAAUAUGGAGCACGAAUCAAUGGUAGCUUUCAAGGAAACAUACCGAAUCCAAUUCAAAUGGCAUGCAACAUUGGCAAUGAAGCUAUCAUGCAAAUUCUUGAAGACAGGACAACAUAUGAAAAACAGGCAAGGCACAGAGUUUGUGAAGACAUUGGUUUGUCUAAAGAACCACCACUGCACUUGAAUUCCAGUGAUGUAGGGUCAGACUAA